GUCCGCCGAUUGGCUGGCGCGCCGGGGCGGGGCCGGCGGCUGCUGGUGCCGCGUGGCGGGAGCCUGGGCCGGGCCGCCUCGGCGGGGAUCCGGGCCCUGGACACCGCGCGCCCAGCUGGGCCCGCGAGCCUGCGCCCCUGUCCGCGGGGCGCCGCUGGGGCGAGGGCGGCGCGACCCCGGGGAGUGGCCGGCACGGCCCACCUACCCACCUACCCGCCGCUGCCUGGCGCCUGCAGUGUGGUCGGCGGCCGCUGCCAGCUGGACACCAUGAGCGUGGGCUUCAUCGGGGCAGGCCAGCUGGCCUUUGCCCUGGCCAAGGGCUUCACGGCCGCAGGCGUCCUGGCUGCCCACAAGAUCAUGGCGAGCUCCCCGGAUAUGGACUUGGCCACCGUGUCUGCGCUCAGGAAGCUGGGGGUGAACCUGACGACACACAACACGGAGGCCGUGAAGCACAGCGACCUGCUGUUCCUGGCCGUGAAGCCACACAUCCUCCCCUUCGUGCUGGACGAACUGGGCGCCCACAUCCAGCCCCGGCACCUGGUGUUGUCCUGCGCGGCGGGCGUCACCAUCAGCUCCAUUGAGAAGAAGCUGGCGGCCUUCCAGCCGGCCCCCAAAGUCCUCCGCUGCAUGACCAACACACCGGUCGUGGUGCGGGAGGGGGCCACGGUGUACGCCAGGGGCACGCACGCACAGCUGGAGGACGCGGAGCUCGUGGAGCAGCUGCUGGGCAGCGUGGGCUACUGCACGGAGGUGGAGGAGGACCUCAUCGACGCCGUGACGGGGCUCAGCGGCAGCGGCCCGGCCUAUGCCUUCACGGCCCUGGACGCACUGGCCGACGGAGGCGUGAAGAUGGGUCUCCCGCGACGCCUGGCCUUGCGCCUGGGCGCCCAGGCCCUGCUGGGGGCCGCCAGGAUGCUCCUGGCCUCGGAGCAGCACCCAGGCCAGCUGAAGGACAACGUGUGCUCCCCGGGUGGGGCCAGCGUCCACGCGCUGCACGUGCUGGAGAGCGGCGGCUUCCGCUCGCUGCUCAUCGACGCCGUGGAGGCCUCCUGCACCCGCACAAGGGAGCUGCAGGCCAUGGCCGAUCGCGAGGAGGUGCCCACGGCCGCCAUCAAGAGGACUGUCUUGGACAAGGUGAAGCUGAGCUCCCCACGAGGGGUCUCACCGGCGCCCUGCAGCCCAGGCCCUGCUGGCGAGCGGGACUGAGGUGACGCCCGCCGGGCCUCCUUCCCCUGGGGUGCAGAGGGCUGGGGACGCAUUCCCACGAGCCACCUGACCCCUCUGCCCAAAAGCCGGUUAGGACCCCCUUUCUUGGAGCUGAGAAAACUUAGGGGGGGUUCUCUCUACCCUACCUGGGACUUGCCUCCUCCGGGCAUCCCAAGUGUGGAAGCCGAGGUCCACCCAGGGUGUGCCUGAAUGCCCCCACGCCCCCUCUCCUGAUGUCUGUGGCGGCACACGUCACCUUCCUAGGCGCCAGGCAUGCUGGUACUGGGACAGCUAUCCUCCACUCACGGGCAUGAUGUGAUGUGAGUGAGUGAGGGGGCCCGGCAGCCCCUUGCAGCCCACUUUUCCUCCGUGGGCCUUUGGGUUCAAUAAACUGGCUUCCAGCCCAGCACCCUC